CUGCUGCUGCAAAUCAUUAAACAUAUACUUUAUUUUUUAUCAAGAAAUGAAUGCAGCCAUAGCAUUGUGUAGUUUUUGUGAAGUGCAUGGACCCAAAGUGAUGUUUACUACACAAACUUUUAAGAACUUUGACUACCAAAAUAAUGAAAAGUUAAAGUUUUAUGGGUCGAAAGAGGUCCUGAGAGAUGCAAUAACUCUUUAUUCUGAACUACAGGACUGCAAAGGAUGCUCCAGUUUGGGUUAUCUCAAAUUUCUGAGCAACGAACAUGAGACCAGAACUUCUUUUCUUUCAUCUCAACAGUCUUUGAUGCAGGACAUUGGAUUUCAAUUGAAGUGUGCUUGCAUGAGAAGUCUUAGUUGUGAAGAAUAUGCUGGAAAGGAGGGUAUUUGCUAUUUUGAUGAACCCAGUGGACAUGUUUUGAGUUAUACUUUUCCUUUAAAGGAUGCCCAGGCAAGAGGAUUAAGAAGAUGGUACAGUUUCAUAGUAUUUAUGAGGGAUAAACAAUUUUUAUUGAACAUGUGGCCUUUCAUAGUUGAAAAUUUAAGCGAAAUCAUAAGAGAGUUGCAAGGCUUUGCUGAAAAAAAGUACAAUGUGGAAGAAGCCAGAUGUCCACAGAGAGUAGUUCGUUUAACAUUAAAUAACAAUGUUCAUCCCGGUUCACAGACCAAUGCUAAUAAUCAGCCAAGAACUCUUACUGAAAUCACAGACGAAGAAUAUGUUUUUGUAAGAAUUCACAUGUGGUUCGUUUGGAUAUUGAGCAUCGGAGCGUCACAUUUUGUUGAAAUAUUACCGUUAAGUUUACUAGGGGAAGACAUUAAUUUUAACGAGGAGAAUUGUUUAGGAAUGGACGACAAUUUUACAUUAAACAAUGCGAAAUAUCCCGUCAAUCUUAACGUGGAUUCUCGUAUACCAGAUUUUCAAGAAGUUUCUAAUUUAAAUCCUAUGACAGUUUUGAGAAACUUGAGAAGUACACUUGGUCGAGACCAAUUUCGUCAAAUUUUAUACGCAGUUUUAACGGGGAUAAAGAUUCUUGUGAGAGGUUCGGCGCGAGAAACUUUAGAGUCGUUAUAUGCAUUAUGCUCUCUUGUACCAAGAGCUUGUAGAAGAGUUAAAACCAGAGCUCAAAAUGUUCCAGAAACAAACAUUUUCAAUUUCAUUAGUGUUGAUACGUCCAUUGCAGUACCUUUACCUUGUUCCCAAAUAUGCAGGCUCGAUAUAGUACCUGCAGAUCACAGAAUUCAAAGUACAAGAUCUCAUGUGGUGAAAUGGACGGGAGUGUUACCAGUGAAACUUCCAAAUCUCUUAAUAAAGUUGGAAAAAGCUUUUGACAAUAAAAAACUUAAUGAUUCUCUUUUAGAAUCGUAUUUUUACAAUUUACAAGAAGAAUGGACAAAUAUUGCAAAAGUCAUUCAUGCUACACACGGCCAAAUUCACAGAACUGACUUGACAAAUUUGAUGACAAGUUUGGGAGCUGGUCCUCAGGAUAAGAAUCUGCUGGAUGCCUGGUCUAUGGGUUUACCGUCGAAUCCAGCAUAAAGUGAUGACUAUUUUUUUCAAAAAAUUAAGCAAAGCAGUAUUUAUUAAGA